AUGAACUUCAACUGCACAAGUGAUAGCUUCUGGCUAUUUGCCGGCUGCGAAGAACUCAAACACAUACCUUUAUACCUUGCUUUCGCUGCCGUGGUCGCCUUCCACAUGACCGCCGGGAUGUUCGAAAGCGUGAGACCUGAGCAUCAAGCAGACUACGCCCGAGGGAGUCAUGCCAUGUUCCACCUCGAGAAGCAGGGCCUGCUGGCAACACGCCGAACUCAGAUAACUUGGAUGCUAGCUGCUUCUGUCGUCAGCUUCUUUCAAGGCUGGCUUAACAGCGUUUUCUUGAAUCAGUGUUUGGUGUGGACGUCUGAGACAUCUUUAUGGAAAGCCCCGGACGAUACCGAGGAUCGAGCACUCUUAAAAACAUUGUCGAUAUACUUGACAUUAUUACUGGGAUUCAUGCUAUUCAUCCUAUUCAUCCUCGUUUUCUCGGUGCACUGGAUCAUAGUCUUUGCUGGUUUAUUAACGUGGCGGCCGAAAGACCUUCGCGAUGAAGAGGCUGGGAUUGAGAUGACCACACAUAUUGUCGACGACAGCAGCCUGGAAGUCCAAGAUCGAAACGGAGAUGACAACCUCAUCUAA